GCGAUUGCAUUGCGUGUACAGUAUUGCCAAUACAAACGUAAAUAUGCCGUCAUUUAUAUGACAUGUGUUUUUGCAGUACUUUUGAAACAAGCAUUCAAUUGAAUUGAAAGUGUGUUUUGAUUGUGAUUUACAAACCAUUGAACCACUGGUGGACCAAAUGAGCGAAGAAGUGGACGCACGGGAAGGGAGGGCGCAAUGCAUACGCAAUGUGUGUGUAUUGGCUCACGUGGACCACGGGAAGACCACAUUAGUUGACUCGUUGAUCGCCAGCAAUGGUAUUAUCUCCGAACGAAUGGCCGGAAAGUUGAGAUAUUUGGACAGUCGUGAAGACGAACAGGAGAGAGGCAUUACCAUGAAGUGCAGCGCUAUAUCGCUUGCCUACCGGUCCGGUGAUGACAGAUAUUUGGUGAAUGUUGUGGACAGUCCCGGACACGUGGACUUCUCGGGCGAAGUGUCGACGGCUAUACGUCUGUGCGACGGCUGUAUUGUUGUGGUGGAUGUGGUGGAGGGGGUCUGCAGUCAGACCCGCAGUGUUUUACAACAGGCAUGGAUUGAACGCUUGAAACCAAUUCUGGUUCUCAACAAAAUCGACAGAUUGUUUGUCGAAAGAAAGAUAAAAACAAGUGUCAGACAAAGUAGUGCUGAAGUGGUUGUGGAGGAAGGAGAGGAAGGAUAA